UGCUUAAUCACAUUUUAUUUAACAUUUACUGGUGUAGGCUAUUUGAGUUUCAGAAGUAUGGGACGUUCCAAUAAUUUAUCUGAAAACAUCCAAGCGAGGAACUUUAAAACGGAUGAUUCCCGUUAAAAAAAAAGAAACUGGAACGUAGGACAUUCUACAGCUAUAGGGGUGUUUGUAAGGAACCUUAUUGUCUACGAAAAAAGCCUACUCCCAUGUGUCUUUCACCUGAAGGACCGCUCACUGAUAAAGUUGCCUACUGGUUUAGUGCUGAUGGCAGAAAUCGACACUCGAUCGCAGACAUUUUUUCAUGGGAUCUUCCUUUGUUUAUCCAUCUCGUGGGUGGCCCGUUGCUAUGGGUAACCUGUACUGACAGCUGAUCCUUGUCCCGUCGUUCAACUGGAAAUUAGCCCAGGUGCAAGCAGGCGCGAAGGCAUUUUAGAGCGUGACGACUCUUUCGUGGCGUUCAACUUUGUCGCCUGACGACCUGGCGUGAAUCCCCGUGGGCUAUCACUUGGAAGGGCCAAGUAUAAUAGCCGGUGAGACAGGGGUCGCGAAAGAUGCCCCGGCCAACAAUUAUUAACAGAACUUAGGUUUAGCAAAUGUUUAAUGGUUUAACUUAAAAGUGUUAUGUAACAGACUCCCAGCAGAGUCUUGGUAAAAUGAAGCCGCCGUGUGUGGGCAGGUUUGAGACGCUUCAUUAUUAAGGCUGGCUGAAGUUACACAACAAAGACUUUGCAGUAUCGCACAGUUGAAGCACACCUGCUCGCGUUUGAUGGAAAAGUAUGAGAAUUUGGGGCUUGUCGGGGAGGGCAGUUAUGGGAUGGUGCUGAAGUGCCGCAACCGCGAGACUGGGAAGAUUGUGGCUGUGAAGAAGUUUUUGGAGUGUGAGGAUGACAAAAGCGUGAAGAAAAUCGCCCUUCGCGAGAUAAAGAUGCUUAAACAACUGCGGCAUGAGAAUCUGGUCAGCCUGCUGGAAGUGUGUAAGCGGAGGCGCCGCUGGUACCUGGUGUUUGAGUUUGUGGACCGGAACCUUCUGGAUGAGCUGGAGCUCCAUCCCUCUGGGCUGGAGCAGAACCGAUGCCGGGCCUAUUUGUAUCAGAUCCUGCGGGCUCUCAAUUACUGUCACCAGCACAAUGUCCGUAUGUUUGUGUUAACUCGGAUCAUUGUCUCCACCAUCAGUGUCUCUGUGUGUGAGCAGAAGAUCAUCCACAGGGAUGUGAAGCCAGAGAAUGUUCUGGUGUCACAGCAGGGCGUGGUGAAGUUGUGUGAUUUUGGGUUUGCACGGACACUGGCUUUGCCGGGAGAGGCCUACACAGAUUAUGUGGCGACACGUUGGUACAGAGCCCCUGAACUUCUUGUGGGAGACCCCAAAUACGGCAAGGCUGUGGAUAUCUGGGCUGUGGGGUGUGUGUUUAUGGAGAUGCUGACGGGAGAGCCUCUGUUCCCUGGUGACUCUGACAUCGACCAGCUCUACCACAUCAUCCGAUGCAUCGGUAAUCUCACACCACGGCACCAGGAGAUGUUCUAUAGGAACCCACUGUUCUCUGGAGUCAGUCUUCCUGAGAACCCGCCGCACACAAAUGCUCACACACUCGAUUUACGCUUCCCCUCGCUCACACACUCUGCUGUCAACCUUACCAAGGAAUGUCUGCAGAUUGACCCCGAAAACAGACCAUGCGGUGUAGAGCUCCAACAACACGAGUAUUUCACCAAAGAUGGCUUUAAUGUCAGGUUUCAUCAGGUGCUAAGCUAUAAGGAGGACCUGAAGGAGACCACUACCUCACCCAAAGGAGUCAGAGCAACUAAACAGGAAACAGAGGAGAGGAGGGCUCCUAUCCCUAAAGACCUCACUCCUAAGACCACGCCCACGGCACCUACAAAACCCAAAGAGGAAGAGACGGAGUCCCGCCCCCUCACAAGCCAGGGCUCCGCCUCUACCUCCUCAAGACCCAUCCCUCCAAUUACCCACAACCCCCUCACUAGUGGAGUGGGGCCAGUGGCAGGAGCACUUAGAUCCUUUGACAAGACUAAGAAACACGUGAACAUCUUCAACCGAAUCUCACAGCAGUCUGUGUCCAGCCACCUAGCAGCACAGAUACCCAGUGAGAGAAGUUUGGUGUGUGAGCGGUCGGUUGGGACAGUGAUGAAGAGAAGGGACACACACACACAUCGGUCAGAUGUUCGACUCCCUGAACUCAAAAACACACUGCUGCCAGAGCUCAGAGGAACAGAGGGAAAACACAAGUCCAAUAAAGAGAAAGAUCAGAAGAAAGACACAAAGAUUCCAUCUAUAGCGCCAAUGGACCUGCACUGCAGUGCAAAUAUGUGACAGAUUAAACUGUACUCUGAAAGGUCGACGAGUUUUACCUGAGGUAGGCGGAGACAUUUUCUGGGACGAGAGAAGAGUAUGGGGACAAAACGUAUGAUGAGAGCAUGGGAGAGAACAUGGAUCAUGUGGACGUGAUUCUGAAGCGUCCCACGUUCUUCUGUUCACACUGUGAAAUGCCUCAGUCCUCUGACUUAUACAUUGAAAACCUUAUAAAGCGACAGUAAUAUGCACUAUACCUUAUAUUUCAUUGCUCAAGUCACACUUUGUGAAGCUGCUUAGAUCAGGAGAAGAUUUAGUGUUACUCAGUGUGUGGGUCUCCAGUGUGAAACCUGAUUAUUUUUUGAAGAUUGUCCAGGAGACAUUUGUAAGCACUAGACAUGUAUACAAUCCUGUUACAUGUUUUUUGUAUAUUAUGUGAAAGCGUCGAGACAGUGAUAGACUUUUACCAAGACAUUGAAAGGAAAGAUGACACAAAUGCUGAAUUUACCUGAGAUUGUUUCAUAAUUUAUUUUUGUACAAAAACAUUGUAUUAAUUGCUGUUCUCUCGAUACGUGUACUGUUUGAAUAUUUUCAUUUUGCUGCCUAUUGUGUGUAGAUUAAAAGAACAACCAAAGACCAUGUUUGUAUUUGUAAUAACAUCUAAAAGUGAUGCCUAUUGUGAAUAUAAAAUUGAGUGAGUGAGUGAGUGAGUGAGUGAGUGGAGUGAGUGGAGUGAGUGAGUGGAGUGAGCGAGCGGCAGGGCGAGCGUGCGUGCGUGUUCAGUCUACCCCCUGAGCUCCUCAGAUGAGUCGGACUCUGAUGAUUUCUGAAGGAGUUGACCCCAGGCCACUGUAUGCACAGACCGCACCAUGCCCUGAAGCCUGAUCCCACCACCGUCCUGACUCAGCACUUUCCACCAUGGCAAAACGGCAGCGCUGCCAUGACGACGGCUUGUUCCCAUGACCCUGGCCCUCUGAGCAGGUUUGUGAGCAGCGCCUCUCUGAAUGGACUGGAGGAAGAUCAACAGGGAACGCAAUUGGUUCCUUUUGGUGAGGGGUGUGGUGUGCACUUUAGGGGUGGGGUCUGGGUGAGGUUGCAGUGGCGGCUGAGUUGGUACCGGAACCACCGCGGUUGGAAGUGCUGGCGCUACCGUGACAACCCAGCAGACAGGUGGAACUGGGGCUCCAUCGAGCUCAGGUCGCUGGAACCCAUCCAACCAUGGA